AUGGUCAUCCAUAUUAUUGAUUCACAUAUCCACAUCUGGACAGAAACGCAACUAGAUGCGCUCGCCUGGCAUAGGCCCAGCCACCCUCUGGGCUCGCAACAUUCUGUUGAAGACUAUUUAUCAUCUGCUGCAAUCACAGACCAAGAAGGGAAAUAUCUAUUACGCGGGUUCGUCUACCUCGAAGUUGAUCGCAUAUCAUCUGUUGAGGAACAAGGAAAAAAAGGAUGGAGUCAUGUUCUCGAUGAAAUCUCCUUUCUAGCUCGGAUAGCUCGCGGAACACCUGUGGAAGGUGAAGGGCAUGUCGAGGAUCACAAGUCGUUAAUCCUUGGGUUUGUGCCCUGGGCGCCUGUACCUGGUGGUCCGGCUGUCUUGGAGAGAUAUAUUUCUCUUGUCACGGGACGUGUAGCUUCUUCAAUUGCUCAUGAUAAAGAAGAUGAGACAUGGAAGAAAUUGAGAGGAUUCAGAUACCUUGUCCAGGAUAAGCCGGGUGGGACAAUGGUUCAACCAGACUUUGUCGAAGGAUUGAAAUGGCUAGGGAGACAGCGUCUGACAUUUGAUCUGGGCGUUGAUGCUAGACAGGGCGGAUUGGGGCAAUUGAAAGAGGCUGUUGAGCUCAUAAAGAGAGUAAACGAUGGAGUGGACCUAGAAGAUCGGGUUGUUGUCAUCAUUAAUCAUCUGUGUAAACCGAACCUACACAUACCCCCAGACAAACUCAACAAUCAUCCAGACUUCCUCGAAUGGAAGCAACUAAUUACCGCCAUGGCAACACACUCCACAAAAACAUAUAUGAAGCUUUCCGGCCUAUUCUCCGAAUUCCCAAAACUUCCUCUGGAGUAUACGCAAGGAGAUGAACAAGGUAUCAUAAACUAUCUUGUUAAUCAUGCUCAACCCUGGACAGAUGUCGUCUUUGAUGCCUUUGGUCCUCAUAGAAUUAUGUUUGGAUCUGAUUGGCCUGUCUGUACGAUUGGUGCGGGAGCGACAGCUUCAAAAACCGGGGGAGGGAAACGGGGGGCUUGGAUAAGGUGGAUGAAUGUUGUGGAGAAGAUCCUUGAGAGACGUGGAUUGAGUGAGGAGGAAAGGAAGGAUGUUUGGGGAGGCGUUGCUGUUAGGGCUUAUGGAUUGGAUAGUACCUUGUAA